UCAGCUGAUUGACGGAGCGCCGGGCUUGAAUGUUUACGUUAAACAUUGACGUGGAAUUUCGCCCACGUUUUCAUCAUUUUUUUAUUUAUUCAAUGUUUUAUUGAGUUUACUUGAGUAUUUUGCAAAAUCUGAUGCAUUGGUUUAAAACCACUUCAGGACGAAAAGGUGCACCAUAUCCCUCAGUAUCCAGGAUUGUGAUGUUGCGCGACAAAUUACAGCGUAACUGGUUUUUAAUUGGAAUUGUUGUCGUCAUCUCUCUGGCGAAAGCUUAUCCAAAAUUAGGAGUCAAAGGAGGUCCCCUUCAUCCAGAAAUUACUGUAAAAUAUAUUGCAGUAUCACUGAUCUUUUUCAAUAGUGGUUUGUCUCUAAAAACUGAUGAACUCACAAGUGCUCUGAAACAGGUUAGACUUCAUUUCUUCAUCCAAACCUUCACUUUGUGUUUUAUACCGUGCUUGGUUUGGCUGUUUUUGAAGGUUCUAUCACUUACAGAGAUUAAUGAGUGGUUACUAAAAGGUCUGCAAGUAGUUGGAUGCAUGCCACCUCCUGUAUCAUCUGCAGUAAUAUUAACAAAAUCAGUAGGAGGAAAUGAAGCAGCUGCAAUAUUCAACUCUGCCUUUGGAAGUUUUCUUGGUAUUGUUGUCACACCUGUGUUGCUGCUCAUCUUUAUGGGAUCAUCAACUGCUGUGCCGUUUUUGAAUAUCUUUGUGACACUAUUUAUGACUGUUGUGAUGCCAAUUAUAAUUGGACAGAUUGUAAGAAGAUUUAUCAAGGAAUGGUUGGAACGAAGAAAACCACCAUUUGGCACAAUAGGAAGCUGUACUCUCCUACUUAUAAUCUACACAACAUUUUGUGAUACUUUUUCCAAUGAAGCUUUAGAAAUGGACAAAUUCAGUCUUAUUUCCAUAGCAUUUAUUGUGUUGAUACUGCAGGUGACUUUCUUAUCACUGAUAUUCUUUAUAACGACAAUAAAAAGACUUAAUUUUGCACCAGCAGAUACAGUUGCUUGUUUGUUCUGUGCUUCUCACAAAUCAUUGACUUUAGGUAUACCAAUGUUGAAAAUUAUUUAUCAUGGAACUGAUUUUCUGUCAUUACUUAGCAUUCCUCUUCUAAUUUAUCAUCCUACACAAAUACUCCUCGGUGGUUUACUUGUGCCCACUGUAAAGUCUUGGAUGACUAAUGCUAAAAAAAGUGCCACCACUGCAGUCCCAGACAAGGCGCAAGAAAGUAUAUGAAGCAUGAAAUUUCGAUGCAGUUAUUGUGUUUUAACAUGUUUUAUUUCUUUUAUAUAGCUUUAAUCUUUUUUAUUAAUUCUGUGCACUUAGCAAAUUAAUAAACAAGCAAUAAUUCUAUAUUUGAAGCUAAUUAGCACAAUUAUUCAGUUUGUUUAUGUUAAUGUAAUCUAUUUGAGAUUUUAUUAUUAAAUUUAUUAUUGUAAUUUAAAUCUCUCCUUGGGUGUUUUUCACUUUUACAAAUGUUGGUGAUCUAUGCUGAGACUAUCACAUCAUUUUUUUAUGCUAUUAUAUAGUGGCUAUAAUAAUGCUUUACAUUUAGUACUCUUCACACACACACACAAAAAAACAACAACAUUAUUUGGCAAAUGGCUAUGAAUUUUUGAUUUGAUUUCUCUUUAAAAAUGUAUCCAACACCACCUUCAUUACCACUGUACAUUGUAUCAUUGUCUAUCAAUUACACCUGUACAUUUUCUUGGCUAAAGCUUUGUGACCAACACUCAUUCAAACUUCUAUUAAUGGAGUAUGCUAUGCGAAACCUCUUUUAAUAAAUUUUCUAUCCGUCCAA